AUGGCUGAAAGGAGACUCGCUGAUAUGCGCACUAUUUACGGAAGAAAUCUAACGGGCUCUAAGGAUCGACGAAUAGAUGGUAUGGCGGAAAGACGUUUUGAUAUUUCUCGAUUGGACAACAUAGAGUUCCCGAGUGAUCCCUUGUUUAGUGAUAUGCCUUUUGCUGAGACAAUGGAAGAACAUCUGUCUUCGCAAUCAAGUGCUUAUACUUCUGAUUCGUCCGAUGAAGAUCUGGAUGGUAUAAAUACUGUUGAAAUCGUGGGCGGAGAAGAAUGA